AUGCUACUCCUGCUGCCACUGCUGUCCUUGUUGUUGGGUGGGUCCCAGGCUCAGCUAGAGGAGUACUGGCUGCAGGUGCAGGAGUCGGCGUCGGUGCAGGAGGGCCUGUGCGUGCUGGUGUCCUGCUCCUUCUCCUACCCCAGGGACGACCGCUGGAUUGACUCUCAGCCGGCUUAUGGAUACUGGUUCGAAGAAGGGACCAACACGAACAAGGGGGAUCCAGUGGCCACGAACAACCCACAUCGAAGGGUGCAAUCUAGGACCCAAGGCCGAUUCCAGCUCAUGGGGGACCCCAACAGAGAUGACUGCUCCCUGAUGAUCAAAGAUGCACAGUGGCGGGACAGGGCGACCUACUUCUUCCGCGUGGAGAGAGGACCCAUAGUGAAAUUUAAUUUCCAGAAAAAGUUCUCUCUGGAAGUGACAGACCUAACUCAGAAGCCAGAUGUCUUCAUUCCCGAGACCCUGGAGCCCGGGAAGCCUGUGAGCGUUCUCUGUGUGUUUAAYCAAGCCUUUGAGCAAUGCCCGACCCCUUCUUUCUCCUGGACCACGGCUGCCAUCCCCUCCCAAAGAACAAGGCCACCAACCUCCCACUCCUCAGUGCUCAGCCUCACCCCACAGCCCCAGGACCACGGCACUAGGCUCACCUGUCGAGUGGACUUCGGCAGACCAGGCAUCAGCACACACAGGACCGUCCAACUGAGUGUGGCCUAUGCCCCUCGAGAGCCUGUCAUCCAAGUUCUCCACAACAAUGCAUCCGCGCUGGGCUCCCAGCACCUCUCCCUGAGCCUCUCUGUGCACUACCCCCCAAGGCUGCUGGGACCCUCCUGCUCCUGGGAGGCCCAGGCUCUGCUCUGCAGCUGCUCCUCCUGCGCCUGGCCGSCCCCCUCCCUGCACUGGCGGCUGGGGGAGGGGCUGCUGGAGGGGAACAGCAGCAAUGCCUCCCUCAGGGUCASCUCYAGCUCCGCGGGGCCCUGGGCCAACAGCUCCCUGAGCCUGCACGGGGCGCUCAGCUCCGACCUCAGGCUGAGCUGUGAGGCCCAGAACGCCCAUGGCACCCAGAGCGCCACCGUCCUGCUGCUGCCAGAGGAGGCGUCUGUCCCCACCGCGUUCUCCCGCGGAGUGUUUCUGGGAAUCGGCGUCAUGACGGUCCUCUCCCUCUGCAUCAUCCUGGCCAUCGUGAAGACUCUGAGGAAGGCGCCGCCCCAGGCAGGGGCGAGGCCCAAGGUGUCCCGCGGCAGCACCAUCCUGGAAUAUAUCAACGUGGUCCCCAAGGCCGCCCGCAGGGCUCAGGAUCGGAAGGCUACACCAAGCAGCCCUUCUCGGACCCCCUCUCCAGGCACUCACUCCCCAGAACCAAAGAAGAAUCCAGAGGAGCUGUAUUCUGUUCCCCUCGGUUGCCCAAAGCCCAGAUCGUCCACCCAAGCUCUGGACCCCAAGAAUGACCCAGAGGAGCUCCAYUAUGCUACUCUCACCUUCCCAGGCCACAGACCGUGGGCCACCCACAUGCCCAAAGACACCCACACAGAUUACGAGGAAAUCAAGUUCCACUGA